AUGAAACGACAAGAAAGGCAAAGCCCAGAGACGGAAACAGCAGAGGGUUCAAAGAAGACGACGAAGAAUGCGUCUGGAGCACCAAAUGCAGAGUUUGAAGAAAUGACGGACAUGCUGAUGAGGCUGGAAAAGAGCAUCGAACGGCGGAAGAAGGAGGAAGCAGAUGCUGCAAAGAAGAAGGAAGAAGAACGACAGAAGAGAGAGAUGGAGACAAUCGUAACAAUGGUGCAAGUGCCAGAAAACACCUUAAAGGUGAUGGAGAAGAUCGAGAAGCUGAACGACGACGGCUGGAGACGAUUGAAGAGGUUUUUAGCCACAGAGGAAACACCAGACGGAGCAAAGCCAGAGGGAACAAAACGAAGAAGAGCAUGCAAUCAAGACGACGCACGGGAGACGGCGAACAUGCCCAAAAGGAUGCAGAGGGCGAUAGAAAACCGAAAGAAAGAAGCGUUCGAGAUGAUUACAAGAAUCGACACUGAAGUGGUAAAGCAUGCACUAAUGAAUGUUGGUGAACGAUUUUUGGUUGACAAUAAGGAAGGUACAGAGAAAGUACAAACGUUCGAAAUUGGAAAGACGCGCAUCCAUACUGGGAAGUUUGAGGACCUGAUGAACCUGUGGGAGAAACGGACAACAGGCGACGGACGGGAGGAAGAACAAGACAGUGAUGAAGAGGAGAAGAUGGAUGCAGAAGGAUCAGGCGAACCACACAGAGCAGAAGAAUGUCAAAUGAACAUGGAGGUGAUGGACACCCAUGAAGAGAAGAAAGAAGAAAACGUACGCCGUCCACUGAGAAGCACCCCCAUAGAGUCCAGAAUUGAUUUGCGACGGUUGCAGGAGGCCUUUAAGGUUUCAAAUUACGUACCAGAAGACCUGGCAACAUAUAUGCGACAAGUGGCAGAAAACAUGGGAAUGACGGAAGAAGUGUUGACAGAAUUAAAGGGAAAGGUUGACUUACCAAUUCCCGGAACGGUUGUGCAAGAUUUCAAAUUCGGCACAAAAAAGCUCAAAUUUCCCGGACCA